AUGAGCAGAGAUCAACAAGAUUGUGGAAUGGCGAAAGCAUGGGAAGCUACGUUGCGAAAAACACAAGCAGUUGCAAGGAAGCGAGCACACAACAUAUUCGGGUCUAUGUCGUUUGGGCAUGUGAAUGAUGAUAUUGGUGAUGAACCCGGGUAUAGCUUCCAUGAUGAAGGAAGUAGCCCGGGGAAUGAAAGCUUUAGUGAAAACAUAGAAACUUCCAUGGUCGAGAAGUAUCUUUCGAAUGGAGAUUACUAUGUAGGGCAAUGGGCCGAGUAUUGCCCCCAUGGGAAUGGAAAGUACUUAUGGACUGAUGGGUGUAUGUAUAUAGGAGAGUUUUUUAGAGGCCAAGCUAUAGGAAAAGGUAGGUUUAGUUGGCCUUCGGGGGCUAUUUAUGAAGGAGAGUUUAAGAGUGGAUAUAUGGACGGUAAAGGUACUUAUGUAGGACCGAAUGGGGAUAAGUUCAAAGGUUUUUGGGUGAUGAACAUGAAGCACGGUUAUGGUGUUAUGACGUACGAAAACAAAGAUUUGUACGAUGGAGAUUGGCGACAUGGGAUGCAAGACGGGCAAGGGAAAUACCAAUGGAGUAAUGGGAAUUUUUAUUGUGGGGAGUGGAAAAAUGGGAUGAUUUGUGGUUCCGGAGUCAUGGUUUGGCCUAAUGGAGAUUGCUUCGAAGGAUAUUGGGUUGAUUCGUUGCCUUAUGGAGACGGUAUUUUCAAGAUGAGUGACGGAAGUUACUAUGAGGGCUAUUGGAGUAGGGAUCCAAACGAGAUGAAUGGGACUUAUCAUCAUAAUCCCGAUAAAUCACUCGAAGCUUCUGAUGAAUGGGAUCCUCAAGAGUUGUAUAAUGAUAUAUUGAGUGGGUGUAAAGUAUGCACAACUGAAAAGAUUACUCUUUUUCCAUCGCAGAAGAAGCUGGCGUCAUGGAAAUCACCAAAAGGAACCGAACCAAGGAUCAGACCAGGUCGGAUGUCUGUUGACUCGAGGAUAAAUGCUGCUGGCGUGUGGGAUGCAGAUACAAAUUAUCCUAGUGAAGGUAGUCAUCAAAGGAAUUCUGUUGGUGGGAGAGACGCGGAUUUGGAUAGUCCAAAUCUCGAGAAUUACACUAGCUAUCGAAUGGCUCCUUCUCCUGGAAGACCCCUAAGGAUUCCAAAAGCUGGCAAGAAACAAGGGGAGACUAUUACUAGAGGUCAUAAAAACUUUGAGCUCAUGCUCAAUCUUCAGUUAGGAAUUAGGCAUGCUGUCGGAAGACCUGCUCCACCAACAUCCCUCGACUUGAAGUCAUCUGCUUUCGAUCCCAAGGAGAAAGUGUGGACAAAAUUUCCAUCAGAAGGCUCUAAGCACACUCCUCCUCACAAUUCCUGUGAAUUCAAAUGGAAAGAUUACUGCCCUUUAGUUUUUAGAGCGUUGAGGAAGCUUUUCAAGGUAGAUGCAGCUGAUUAUAUGUUAUCAAUAUGUGGGAAUGAAGCCCUUCGAGAGCUAUCCUCUCCUGGGAAAAGUGGAAGCUUCUUUUACUUAAGCAGUGAUGAUCGUUACAUGAUCAAGACGAUGAAAAAAUCCGAAGUGAAAGUACUUAUAAGGAUGUUAUCAGCAUACUAUAAACAUGUUCGAGCCUUCGAGAACACACUAGUGACCAAGUUUUUCGGCCUUCAUUGUGUGAAGUUAACGGGUACAAUUCAGAAGAAAGUACGCUUCAUUAUCAUGGGAAACUUGUUUUGCACCGAGCAUACCAUUCAUCGACGUUUUGACUUGAAAGGAUCUUCACUUGGUCGUUCAACUGACAAACCGGAGGAAGAACUAGAUGCAAGUACAAUACUCAAAGAUCUCGAUCUCAACUUUAUAUUUCGAUUGCAGAAGUCAUGGUUCCAAGAGUUUAGCCGACAAGUGGAUAGAGAUUGUGAGUUUUUGGAACAAGAGAGAAUUAUGGACUAUAGUUUGCUGGUAGGCCUUCAUUUUAGGGAAGCGUCUAAGGCAGGCGACUUGAUUCCUUCUGGUGCUCGGACUCCUACAGGUGAUGAUAUCGAGAGCGAUCAACCUCGACUUUCCAAAGUAGAUAUGGAUCAGCUCAUUGACCCUGCUUGGUGGGCUAGUGUUAGGUUAGGAAUAAAUAUGCCAGCUCAAGUUGAGAGAGCGGUAAAAAAAAUGGAUGGUGAGACAAGUAUUUUGGAACCAAUUGGAGAAUUCUAUGAUGUUGUUAUGUUCUUUGGGAUUAUAGAUAUACUUCAAGACUAUGACAUUAGCAAAAAACUCGAGCAUGCUUAUAAGGCUAUGCAAUACGAUGCGACCUCAAUUUCAGCUGUAGAUCCAAAACUCUACUCUAAACGUUUUCGUGAUUUCAUUUUUAAAAUUUUCGCAGAAGAUAAUUAAAAGAUAAGUACAACACAUUUAUAGACCUGAGCACGGGCGAUCAACCUUCAGUGUAGGCCGCUCUUAAGUAGCUUCUUUUGGUUAUCAACACGUUUAUAGACACAAUUGUAACAUAUACGAUAAGUUCUCCAGGAGAUUUUGUUCGAGUUGAAACGUGUACGAUUUUCUAGUCACUUUGUAAAGAAAUUCCAUAUAGUCCCUUGUCAAGCACGAAAACUCGAAAAAAGGAGCUUGCAACAUAAUU